AUGGGUCCCUGGUCAUAUGUAAUGCUGAUCUCCAGCACAGUUUUAGCAAUAGGAUUAUUAAUAAACAAGAAAAUCAACCAGCUUCCAGAUUUAGCAACAAAUGUUGAGAAAGAAUACGACUACAUCAUAGUUGGCGGAGGCUCCGCUGGUUGUGUGCUGGCCAACAGGCUGUCUGAGGACACCACAAAGACGGUGCUGUUACUUGAAGCUGGACAGGAUGACCGCGACCAUCCCACAGUGUCCAUCCCAGCUCGGGCCAUGGAUUCAGCUCAUUCAGACAUUGACUGGGACUACUACACUGUUCCCCAGAAGUAUGCACUCAAAGCUUUCAAGGAUCAGAGAGGGUGGUGGCACCGUGGUAAAAUUCUAGGAGGCAGCUCCAACAUCAAUGAGAUGAUGUACAUGAGAGGGUUAAAGAGUGACUACGACCACUGGGAAGCUGCUGGUGCCAGGGGGUGGUCGUACGACCAGGUGUUGCCGUACUUUCUUAAGUCUGAAGACAAUGAGAAUGCUGACUUUGUGAAAACAGGUUUUCACAAAAUGAAUGGCCCUUUAAAAGUCGGUCGAUCAAAAACUCACAGCCUGACAAACUUCCUUGUUCGAGCUGGAAGAGAAAUGGGUUAUAAAAUUAUCGACAUCAAUGGGAAACCAUCGGAAGGAUUUGUUGAAGUCCAGUCCAUGGUCAGGAGAGGAGUGCGUCAAAGCGCUUCCAGAGCUUUCUUAUACCCUGUCUUGUUCAGGCACAACCUCCAUGUCCUGACUGAGUCCCUGGUCACUAAAAUUUUGUUUGACAAAGACAGAGCAUCAGGGGUUGUGUUUGAACGUAAUGGAACAGUCCACACAGUCAAGGCCAACAAAGAGGUUCUUCUGAGCGCUGGGACUGUGGGCUCGGCCAAACUUUUACUCUUGUCUGGGGUGGGGCCCAGGAGUCACCUUGAGAAGCUUAAGAUUCCAGUGAUUGCAGACUUGCCAGUGGGUGAAAAUCUACAAGACAGGUUUACUUAUGAGUUCCCUGUGGCCAUCAAAGCACCUAUCAGCAUCACAGAGGAGAGGCUCCAGUCCUUCUGGGAAAAUGUCAAGUACAAACUGGUUGGUAAAGGUAUGCUGGCCUCACCCAAUGGGAUUGAAGUUAUUGCCUACACAAACACAGAGAGAAACAAGGACAUAUCAUGGCCUGAUUUACAAGUUGUGUUUAAAGGGAUGCUACUCUCUACAAAUUAUGGAAAGACUAUUGGGUUUUCUAAUGAAACCCUGUCUGAGCUGGCAUCACGAACAAAAUACACCAAUGGGAUGGCGUGUUACAGCACAGUGCUGAGACCACACAGCAGAGGCACCAUCAGACUGGAGAACUCCAGCCCUAGGAGCCAGCCCCUCAUUGAUCCAAACUACCUGGAAAAAGAUGAUGACGUGGAAGUCAUUUUGUCAGGUAUAAAGUUUUGUAAGAAGCUUUUGGGUAUGCCAUCAAUGAAACAGUUGGAUGCUGUAUACGCGGAUGGACCAUCUGCCUUGUGUGGUCAGUUUGUGAUGGACAGUGAUGACUACUGGCGCUGUUUGAUACGUGCCAGGGGUCAGCCAGCGUUUGGACCAGUGGGAACCUGUAGGAUGGGGGACGUGCUGGACAACACAACUGUUGUUGACCCUAAGCUAAGAGUAAAGGGUAUAAAAAAUCUUCGAGUAGUAGACUCUUCAAUUAUUCCAUUCAUCACAACCGGGGGCACCAACAUUCCAACUUUUAUGAUAGCUGAAAAAGCUGCUGAUUUUAUCAAGCUCAGUUAAAUUAUUUAUUUAUUCUUCUGUUUUUAUAUUUUUAUACCACGACCAAUUUGUUUUUUUUUUGUUUUAUUCUAAUGUUUUUAAUCCUGUGGAAUCGGGUGAAAGAAUUUCUGCUGCACAUGAUAGAUUUUAAAAACACCUGCUUGUAAUCACUUAAUUUAUUUUCACUAUCCCAGCAAAUAUGUAUUCAAGACAAAAUUUACAUGACUCAAUUAAGCUAAAGAAAAAUAGUUUUCAUCACUAGGCUAAAAUUGGUGAAGAUUGAAUUUUUCAGAGAUAUUAAUAAGGAGUUUUCAGCUUAAUUUAACAUAUUAUAUAUAUAUUUAUAUGGUGAAUAUCUAGGAAGUUAUUUUAAAACUAGAUAUUUAAUUUUUGUCAU